UUAGCUGCAGCAGAGCACCGGGCUUUGUGGGGGUUAAGACCCAGCUGUAAUAAACUAAUUCACGGCCACUGUAGUGUGUAAGGGGCCGGUGAACAUGGCCAGGUACCUGCGGCCUCCUAACACUUCUCUCUUCGUCAGAAACAUCGCUGACGAGUCCAGAAUGGUAAAGAUACAGUUCUGGAGACCCCACACCAAAGAAAGUUGAAAGGCGGUUGUAGAGUAGAUUCAAGCCAAAGACACCCAGGCGACAAGCAGUAGUGGAAUUGGGAAAAUAAAGAGAGAGCAAAAGCAUGAAGAUACACAGAGGAGAAAAGAGAGCACCCAGGCUUCCGUUUGUCUACCAAAGGAAGGGAGGAAAAGCAAAGUGUUUAUUGGGCAAAGACAAGCAGGAAACCUCAAGUUCUUCUGCCAAGACAAUAAAGAUCAAGCUGAAGGUCAAAGGUCAAGCAUGUUAAAGGUAACAAGUCAAACUCUUCAUGUCCGCGAUGCAGAAGACGCGCUUCACAACCUGGACCGUAAAUGGGUUUGUGGACGUCAGAUUGAGAUUCAAUUUGCCCAAGGAGACCGCAAGACACCCAACCAGAUGAAGACGAAGGAGCGCAGUUCCCCUCGCAGCUCCUCUCGCCAUGACGAUGAGCGGGAUAGCCGCCGAAGACGAUCCCGUAGCCGCAGUUACGAUCGCCGCAGGUCACGGAGCCCCUCCUACGAACGCCGUCCUCGGAGGUCAGAGAGCCCUCGAGAAUCUCGGUCCUACAGUCGACACAGACGGAGCCGAAGCCAAGAAAAUGACAAGUACAGAGGUCCUCCCCGUGAUCACCACAGAACACACCAUGAACCAGGGUCACGCAGCCGCUCUGCGUCCCACUCUCCCUUAGCCUCCAGAUCCAGGCCCAAAGGUAAAAAGAGCCAGUCCAGGUCCCACAGCCCGGCUGAAGAUUUCCACCCAACCUCCAGCUCCCAGAAACAGUCUGUGGGACGCUCUCCAUCCCGCUCCUACUCUAGAUCCAUGUCUCGGUCACGCUCUCGCUCCAGAUCCUGGGCUGGACGCAAGUCUGGUGGUCACUAACUCUCUGGUCUUCCAAAGCCCUUGAGGAUGUUACUCUUCAACUUAUGAUAACUACAGUGUUAUGCUCUAUAUUUGAAUUUGAUUAUCAUCACAUUUUAGAACGGGCUGUUGCCAAAGGAAAGAGCAGUAGCAACAGCUUGGUUAUUUUUAUGCUUAGUGAAAACUGUUUAUGUUUUUAGGAAAUUCACGAGCACAGGCCAGGUUGAAUUCUUUUCGACGUGUGUAAUGUUGGAUGUUGAAGGGUAAGAUAAUGUCAUGGGUACGAUAUAAUUUUUUUUACUUUGAGUAUGCAAUACAGACCAUCAUAUUCUUGUUAAUAUGCAGUCUCCAUUUGGUGUGUUAUGUAAAGGAAUAAAAACUCAAUUAAACUUCUGGCCAGUAUUACCAAUGUGUUUAAAUAACCCGACCCCACAUGUCUGGAUUCAGGGGCGCUGAUGUACUGGAAUAGCUGUUGCCAUAGUAACUGUGGCAGUGGCUGAUGAAUGGUACGUGGUCAGUUGCUUCUUGAUACUGUGUCCAGUGCAUUAUAAUGUAACACUAUGUAAAAGAAGAGCCUUCAUUCUCAUGUACUAUGAUCAGUGACUUCACGUGUCCCAUAGAACUGUUCUCAUUUUAAUGGUUUUACUUGGUGUGUUUUACCAAUAAAAACUUAAAGUUG